CAAAAAUUGGUAAAAUGUCGUUUGGGCCAAACAAAGAUGAGAAGAGCACUCUACAAUUAAACCUCCAGCUCCCUGCUACAGAGCUUGUUAAAAGAAGGGUGUCUGCAUUCCCUGGCUUCAACAAUUUAGUCCAAAAAAGUUCCAGCAAACCUCCAAAAACACGAAAUAAUAGGUACAGAGUAUCGAUCUGUAAAGACAGGAACCAGCUAAACCUGACUUCUGCCUCUUCAGUUCCCUCUCUUGAGGAAGUUAUCAUCCCUGAGCGAAAGCUGAGGAUAGAUAACCUUGAAAAAUAUAUUACUAGCAAAGAGAAGAGAAUUCCAGUUUUCGGCUACCCCAUUAUUUCGUUCCAUCUCAACUCCCAGAAAGAAGACAAGAUCAAGUUCCUUUGGAGUUUGAUUGCUAAGAAAAUCAUCAGCCUUGAUACUAAGAAAUGCCUGAUAAAGCGCUUCUUGGAUGCAAACAAAGCCUAUCGGGACAAAGAAAGCAAUGUAUUCACCUCAUUUACUUACGGAAGUAGUCCUUCCAAAUCCAGGGUUUCAUUGGAUGAGACAGACUUAGAGGGAUCUGACUGAGGCUCACUCAACUCUUCUCGUCUGAAGAAGACAAAGUAUACAAGAUCUCUCAAACCUUUGAAAAAUUGCAAAGGCAAAAGAGUCAGUAGUGCUCGAAGAAAAUCCCAUUUGCCUUACAAAAGAAUUCAAUCUUUAUCAAGGUAUCUCAGAAAUGAUUUAUCAAAAUACUCUCCAACCCAAAAAUUAAAGCUUUCCUCUCCAGAUUCAAAAAGAGAGUUUACUAAGCAGCAGAAGCAGCUAGUUAGAGCUGCUCUUCGAUCUUCCAUUUUCAAGCCUUUGAAGAAGCCUUCUCCAAGGCUGACUUCUAGAAGAGGUCCUAUUCGAUUUGGUUUGAACGAAAGUAGGAAUAAAGAUUACACAAGGCGACUCCAAUCCCAAUGGCUACCAAAGAUGAAGAAGACCAAAAGAAGGGAAAAACAAGACUGCUACAGCACAGUUCUUCAUGCUUACUCCUAAGCAUCAUCGAAUGUAAUAAACCGGCUUAUUUCUGCCUAGAACAUGUUAGGCCUAGUUCCAGAAGCUCAU